ACCAACGAGCCCCAACAAAAACAACAACAACAUAGCUCAGCUGUUCGGCUGCUAGCCGGCCUACUUACUGAAUACUGCUCUUCACAGCUUUCAGCAGCUCGGCCUUGUGUCGGUGUCCUCACAGGAGCGGAUAGGUUCGGAUAUAUGUGAGAGACAACGACGCUGAGCAGUGACGUUCCACUUUAAACUCCUCUGCUCUCUGCUAGCUUCUAGCAGGUUAGCUUAGAAAGUGAGGACGGGGACCGACACCGAACAAUCACACCGUCCCCACUGGAGCCCGUACGGGGACAAGUCUUUGAGUGUGUCCCUGUCGUUUGUCAGAAGCUGGAAGAUAACGGAGCCGCUGAAGGGCCUCGAGUCAUGUUACAAAGCGACGUGUCACCGGAUGGAACGGAUUCAACACGGCGAUAAAAUACGUCACCAGGAGAGAGAUAUUUAUGGCAAAGCCAGACCACAAGACCACCCGGUGGAGAUUCUGAACUCUGCCAAUGACGACCAAUAUCAUUUCCUCAACCGUCAUGUCACCACGAAAAAAGCCCCUGGUCCCUGUAAGCAGCCGGCGGAAAACCGUGGACGACUACUUUCCUUUCAACUUCCUGCCGGUGGAGUGCCAGCUGCACGUCCUGUCCUUCCUGAACGAGGUGGAUAAAUGCAGCUGCGCUCUGGUCUGCCUGAGCUGGAGCUGCAUCGUCCGCUCCUGGAAGCUGUGGCGGGUGGCGGACUAUUCCCGCCGCGGCGUCUUCCACCUGGGUCAGGAGGGGCUGCUCGUUUCCAACCGCGAGUUCGAGAGGUGGAAAUCCUGGGUGCACCAUUACACCCACCACCUCAUCUCCCGCAGGGCCAGCCUGCUCACGCUGAAGGCCAGCUUCGACCUGGGGGAUCGCUUCAACAAGUGGGGCGAGCUGCUGAGUCACCUGCUGGAUAACGUCCACUGCAGAGACCUCAGCCACCUGGACCUUAACUGGACCUUUACUCUCCUGGAGCCGCUGGACCUCAGGGUGCACUCCAGCUCCAGUUCGCACCAGGACAGCAUUACAAAGAUGGACCAGGUGACCAGUUUCCAGGAGCUGCUGACCAAACUCACCCACAGCUGUCCGCGCAUCUCCAAGAUGCGGUUACACUUCGACUGGUCGGAUGUCUCCGUGUCGCUGCUCACCCAGUUCCAGCAGCUCCGAGUCCUCGAGCUCAAAUACUUCUGGGUCUUUAAAGGAGUGACCCCCUCGACUCUGCAGACCCUAACCAAAUCCCUGCCUAACCUCAAGUCUCUGACUUUACACAUCCUGGUCCCGCUGAGGAACCUGGGCAUCUCGUACACUCUGGAGUCUCAAGCUCUGGAGUUCCUGGACGUGUCGCCCAGCCGGGGCUUGGUCUUCUCCUGCCUGAAGCUGCCCGCCUUGCGUGAGCUUCGAGCCAAGAAGAUCGUCCGCGGCAUCACACUGGACCGGAGGACCAGGCUGAGGAUCCAGAGCCGGUGGCCCUGCCUGUACCACGUCCUCCGGGAGGGGACGCCAAAGCUCCAAGCCCUCAAUAAUGAGAGGCUACUCCCCACGUGGAGGGAGGAGAGCUAUGGAGAGCUGUCUGCCAUCCUGGAACAGUCCUGUUACUGUGUUCAGCAUCUAGACAGCUGGCUGUGGUAGCCAGAUGUGUGACAUUAAAGGAAGAACAUUCCAUAGCUGGCCAUUGGUUGGUAGAAGGCAGUAUACUGCUUCUACACACACCAUUUCUAUCCCGAUUUGAAUGACUGUACUCAGAGGGACACAUAUUUGCACAUAUUUGCAGAUAAAACUGAGACUUGAAGUGAAAUCAAAGGACUGCAUGUUGUUGGAACACUAAGUACAACUCUACCUGAGCCGAGUGUGCAUGGCCCAUGUGUGGAGAAAACAAGACUAGAUGACAGUGUAAUGGCCACUUAGAGUUGUGGAGAAUGCCUUUUAAACUCAGCCUCUUCAAAGACAAAGCUGACGAGCACGAGGGCUGCUGUUAAAGAAGAAGAAGUCGUAUUUUCAAGAAAAAGUUGUCAAGAAGAAAGCCCUGAAACAUUUAGUGAAAACAAGUUGAAAUGCUCUGAAAAAAAGAAGAAUGAGAAGGAGCUCUUGCCUUUCAAGAAUAAAGUCCUGAAUUUAUUUUUUAAAUUUUUGCUAUGUAAUGAGAGACAAGUCGUUAUUUUAACAAUUAGUCGUAUUAUUGUGAGUCAGCCCGGUCAGAGUGUUAAAAUAUAGCGAAAUAUUUCAAAUUUACUCUAAAAUACUACGCUUCUAUUCUCAAAAUACUUUAUUCUCAGUAUCAGAGCGCCAAGUAUAAUGCUUUCUCAGUUGUAGAAAACUGACAUGUACUGUAUUGUAAAUGUAACCAUUGUUAUCAUUUUGGUUGAAUUCAGUUGCAUUUAUCCUCAGAGACAGUCAUCUACUGCUUCCAUUUGAAUGGCAAGGCUGUAGGGAAAAGCCUUUUACUGGAAAACUGACCAAACAGCAGAUGAGACCAGCUGUGCGAAACUGAAUUUAAACCGAUCAUAUGCUCGUCAAAUACAUUCAUUAACUGUAUUCUAAAUAAAACAUUUGAAUGUUAGUAACACGACGUAAUUCAAAUGAUCUGCGGAAAGUAAAGACAGGACCAGUACAGGACCUAAAAGUGUCUCAAAAUGGAUGGGUGCUGAUACUGAGUCAGCAGGAUCAAGUCCUCUAGACCAGUGGUUCCCAACCUGGGGAUCGCCAAAGCUUCACGGGGUCGCGAGGCCAUCUAGAUUUUAAGUUGUGGUAGAAAACUUAAGAAUUACACACAGUAGGCCUAUAUCUCAGCUUUGGUUCACUUCUAUGAAGAAAAUGUAAAAUAAAUAAUCUACUAGAACAAUGACCAAGAGUCAGGGACAAGAAAACUCUGAAUUUGUCUGUAUGACUCAAAAAUAUGAAAAAUACUCAAUACAGACAGAGAAGUGUAUAAAAAGUUCUCUAAACAGGAAAUAAUCUGUUCAAAAUUCAUCCAAAACCCUCUUUUUACACAGACUUCCUGCAGUUACUGAGUUCACUGUUUGAGUUCAUUGUACAGUUUAAAUAUAAUAUGAAAUAUCCAUAAAAUAUGUCCCUGAGUCAGUUUACUCAGUGAUAGAAAAAGGGGUCUUUAGGAAAGCGGUUGGGAACCACUGCUGUAGACAGUCUCACUUUAAAUGACCUGAGCCCCAGGCUGGUUCUGAAUAGCCACUCUGACUUGGCUGCUGAAUACUUGACACACUCAGACUGGCAGUAUUAAGAUGGUGUAAUUCUAAUCACAACCUGUCAGGAAUGCAGCACAGCUGACCGAGAGUUCAUUUCAGUGCUGGACCAGUUUGUACCCAACAUUUUUUUUUCUUGACUACUCCUUUUUAUUUUAUUGUUAAUGUGUAUGAAGUCAUUGUGUGUGUGGUUCUCCUAAAGCGGACAAUGUAAGGAUUUUAUGAGGUUUUAAAAGCAUUUAAUCUGCCUGUCUUAAUGUAGGAAUUCCUCAACUUGUGAUAUUUGGAAACUUUUUGCACAUUCUAUGGAAGCUUUGAGAGACAAGUAAGAAGAAACAUUCUGGUGAUCCAAUGAGUAUUACAAAAAUUCACUUACCAAUUUUUAUUUACCUGUCUAAACCUUUUUCAAAUGAUCUAUUACUGGCAGGUUUUUCACAGAUAAAGAACAAACAGAAAUUUAGAAAAUUAGGAAAGAUUAUCAUCGCAAAACCUUUUUCACCUGUUCUUAAGUUAUAAACAAAACAAUUAUAACUUAAAAAACAGACUUGUAAAAUGGAUCAUCAGAAUGUUUUGGGUUUCACUUGCCCUCUCAGGGCUUCUGUACAUUUCCAUUGCUGUCAUGGAAGGUUAUUGCUGCUCCAAUCACUGCAGCAACCAAGUGACCAAAUUCCAGCUGUUUCAUACACGGGAAAAGUGUCAGUUUGUGAUCACGGAUUCCGUAUGAUUCCAUGUAUUUCUUAUGUAUGUGAGGUUUUCUUUGCAUUCCUUUCUACCAUGAGCCUCAACCGUUUGUGCUCCUGACAGCUGAGGAAUGAAAUCAGUGCUUUUGCAGUUACUCUCCUAAUCAGUAGAGGUCCCUAUUUUCAAAGCUUUGGCCAUCAGAUCUCUCUCCCAAAUGUCUUACUACAUCAAGUUGUGUUUACAUACGCACUAGUGUAACACCAUUUCACUCCAGUACUUGUGUUACGAGUAGCAGAUGUGUGAUGGAGGGUAUUUGUCCUCUUUGGAACACAUCGAUGUAUGUGUGAUGAUAUGAAUGAUAUGAUGAUGAAACUUAUGAGUGUAGAAUAUUUCACAGGAUUCUUCAUAAAGAAUUGGACUCAA